AUGGCAGACAAAGAUGGAUGGCAUUUCAUAAAUAAUGGAAAAUACACAGUUAAAUCUGGAUAUCAGGUUGAAAGGAUAUACCCAGAUAAGGAAAAAUCACCAUUAGUGUUUGGACCCACGAUGGAUACUUUAAAGGCAUAUUGUUGGAAAAUACGGUGCCCACCAAAGACUAAGCAUUUUCUAUGGCAAUUGGUGACAGGGUGUAUAGCAGUCAAGAAGAAUCUGCAUAAGCGAGGGAUUCCCGGAGAUAUCGUUUGUGCAAGAUGUGGAGCUGAGGAUGAAUCGAUCAACCAUGUAUUCUUCGAAUGUCCUCCUGCAAUUCAGACAUGGGCUCUUUCAAAGAUUCCAACAAAUCCAGCUAUGUUUCCAACAAGUUCUCUCUUUGUGAACAUGGAUCAUCUCUUUUGGAGAAUUGUUCCACAGAUGGAGGAUCAUCAGUUUGCAUGGAUACUAUGGUAUAUAUGGAAAGGAAGAAAUAAUAAAAAUUUUAGUAAUCUGAAUGUGGAUCUGUUGGAUACCCUUAAACUGGCAGAAACGGAAUCAAAACUCUGGGCUGAGGCACAAAUACUGACUGAUCACAAGAGGAUUCCACAGGUAGAGGCUACGAUUCUUCCGUCAAUUCCAGGAAGAUGGUGUUUGACGGAUGGUUCCUGGAAAGAGAAUGAGGUUUUUUCAGGUCAAGGAUGGUACAGUACUCUAGAAGGAUUUGCGGGUUUGAUGGGUGCAAGGAAUGUUCGGGCUUCCCUUACUCCUCUUCAUGCGGAGAUGGAAGCUUUAUUAUGGGCAAUGAAAUGUAUGAAAAACUUACGACAAUUUCAGGUUACGUUUGCAACGGAUUGUUCUCAAUUGGUGAAGAUGGUUUCAGAACCAGAAGAAUGGCCAGCAUUUGCAAGUUAUUUGGAAGAUAUAAACAGCAUGAAAGAAAGUUUUUUCCGAGCAGAGAUUAUCUAUGUACCAAGAACGCAGAACAAGAAGGUGGAUAGCUUAGCCCGCACUGCUAGGAAGGAAACGUCUUUUGUAGUUCACAUGGAUCAAGAUCCCCCAGUUUGUUUCACAGAGUCAAUAUGAGUCUGUAAAGUUGAUGACAAGAAAAAAAAAAAAUACAAUCGAAGAGUUUAGUUAGUCGGUAAGUGUAUGGGCCUUUGACAUCAUGUUUAAAGGUCGCCCAGAAAAUCUAUAUCAACAACGUGCAAAUUUGUCUAACUAAUCCACCGACUCUUUCCUACUAUAUAUUUACGUGAAGACAUCCUUAACAUCAAAGAUUCUCUUUUUUCUUCUUUUUGCAGUUUUGGUUUCUUCAAUCAUCUGCGACAGAUUCUCAACUUGGGGAUAGUGGUUUCAACGUUUAAAGAGAAAACAAUGGUUCUUCGGCGGCGUAAUUUCAGGUUUUAGUUUUUCCAGAUUUCAGUUUAAAAUUACCUCAGCGGAAACCUGUUCUUGAUAUAUUAUGAAUCUUCAAUCGUGUUUUUAAUGUUUUUGAUCUGAUUUUAUAUAUUAUCCUUAUGUCACUGUAUUAUGAGAAGACCUGAGAGCGUAAACAAAUUUUUCAUAUUGAUUCUUCUCAUGCCAGAUUAAAUAUAAAACGACCUUUUGAAUUCUCCAGCACCAAUCAAGAAUCGUUUCUCAAUAAUGAACUAAAACUUUAUUUCGUUGCAAGUUUAACAGUCAGUAAAUAACUACACGAAGGGAUGAGGGAAAUAAAAGAUAGUGGAUCUCAAGGAUUUAUGAUGGUAAGAACGGUCAAUUGACUAACUAAGGAGGCUUUAUUAAGCUCAUAUCAUAUGUAGUAUAUGAUAUUUCGUCACCAUGAUCGUAGUAUUUUAAAAUAUUCAACUAUUUCCACAAGUCAACUAUCAUCGAUUUUCUGGAAUAUACAGUGUCAUUUCCGGACUUGCAUAGCUUACAACUCUAUUUCAAGCAAUGAUCAGGCAAUCCAUGUGUUAUCUAGAUGUCAUUUGGUCUCCUAAUUAUACAAUAAUUCCAAACUAUUUUCUUAUGUUAUCUGCACAUAAUUUUUCCUUAUUUAUUCAUGUAUUGGUUAGUACACUCUCUAUUGUGGAAGCUAAAAAGGGAUUUGAGCUUUGGUAAGCAGGACAAUUGAUGCUCACCUCUGUUUCUACAAAUAGGCACGUCUUAUUGCAGGAGUUGGCGGAAGAACACCAAAAGGAUGUGAAAAUCAUAAGAUGGUGUCACGUAACGAAAGGAUGCAACAACACCAAAGCAAAUUGAUCUAAUAUGAACACAAGUGGUUCUCCAACUGGCAUGAAAAUACCUUUUGUACUGAGACUUAAAUUGCAUGUUAAUUUUGAACUCAAGUGGUUUUCCAAAUAAAAUUAAAAAUUUCAUGUUAA